UCCCUUAUGCGCCUUCCUCCCUCCCCUCUUUCUCUCUCUCACACACUUUCUCUCUCUUCGCCAUGGAGGCCCAACCUCCAACCCCCUCCACCGCGCCUCCGCCGCCGCCGCAGCACCUCAACUACCCCGACUCCGUCGAGUCCUCCCCACGCUCCCGUAACACCGAUUCCUGGGAUGAGCCCUUCGCGCCGGCGUCGUCGAAGCUCCGCCUCAUGUGCAGCUACGGAGGCCACAUAGUGCCGCGGCCCCACGACAAGUCCCUCUGCUACGUGGGCGGCGACACGCGCAUCAUCGUGGCCGAACGCGCCACCUCACUCGCGGAGCUCUCCACGCGCCUCUCCAAGACCUUCCUCAAUGGACGUCCCUUCACGCUCAAGUACCAGCUCCCCAACGAGGACCUGGACUCCCUCAUCUCCGUCACCACCGACGAAGACCUUGAAAACAUGAUCGACGAGUACGACCGCACCGCCGCCGCCGCCGUCAAACCCUCCCGCAUCCGCCUCUUCCUCUUCCCCACUAAACCCGAUUCCACUCACUCCAUCCCUCCCCAAAUCCUCGACACUUCAGCAAAAUCCGAAGAUUGGUUCCUCAAUGCCCUAAACGGCGCCGGAUUGCUCAACCGAGGCUUUUCCGAUUCCGCUUCCGUUAAUUGCCUCCUCGGCCUCGACGAUGAAGUUGCCGCGAAUGCUCUCGAACAGGGUUCCAGGGACGUCGGGGAUGGAGGCAGCGGCGCCGCCGCCGCCGCUUCCCAAGGUGGAUCCUUCGGAAACGGGAAGAAUUUGAAGCAGGAUGUUCACUCCGUUCCCGAUUCGCCCAUGCUGGAGACGACGUCGUCGUUCGGGUCCACUUCGUCGUCGCCGUCGCUGGCGAAUUUGCCGCCGAUUAGGGUUCACGCCGUGGAGGAUCAGAAGGUGAUGGGGAUUGAGGAGCAGUUCGCUCAGAUGGGGGUUGGAGUGGGGCAGAAGCAGGAUGAGGGUUUUGUUUUGCUGUCUUCGCCGCCGCCUCCACCUGUACCGGCCACGCUCGCCGCCGUGGGGGUUCCGCUUGCGGCGGGGGCGGUGGUCGCCGGGGAGUAUCAUAAUCGGGUCAUCUCCGAUGAUGAGAGAUCCGAUCACGGGGUUCCGGUUGGGUAUAGGAAACCGCCCACUCCUCAGCCACAGGCUCAGACACAACAAUUACAGACACAAUCACAAACACUUGCGCCUCAAUUUCAACAGAAGUCAACUGGUGGUGGCGGCGUUGCUGAUUUGCCUUCUCCCGAUUCAGUUUCAAGUGAUAGUAGUCUUGCAAAUGCAAUUUCGCGUCAGAAACCUGCUGUUUAUCAAGAUCAAGUUCAGAUUCAAUCAGGGACUACAAGGGUUCCUAGUAACCCUGUGGAUCCGAAGCUUAAUGUGUCUGAUUCGCAUGGUCGGAUUCAGAUGCAGCAGCAUGUACAGGACCCUGGAUAUUUGUUGCAGCAACAAUUUGAACAGCACCAGCAGCCACUGCCGCAACAGCAAUUUGAACAGCUCCAUCAUCAGCAGCAACAACAACCGCAACAACAGCAGCAGUUUAUACAUGGCACACACUUCAUUCACCAUAACCCUGGAAUUUCUGCGUACUAUCCUGUAUAUCCUUCUCAGCAACAUCCCCAGCAUCAGCAGGUUUACUAUGUGCCUGCUAGACAGGCUCAGGCUUACAACUUGCCUGUGCAGCAGGCUAAUAUUGGUGAGUCCACGGGGAACAUCCCUUCUAACCGGCCACAAACUCCGCCGAAUCCUGCUACAUUGGUUCCACAACCCGGUGCUUACAAUCCUAUGAGAAAUGCUCCCAUGCCUAAAACUGAAAUGAGUGCUUACAGAGCUGCAACUGCAGGCACCCCACAACUAGUUCAAGUUCCUACAAGCCAGCAUCAGCAACAGUAUGUCACUUACUCACAGAUUCAUCAUCCAUCUCAGUCCAUGGCUCCCAAUUCUGCUGCCCCUGCCAAUUAUGCUUUCGAUUAUGCGGAUCCUGCUCAUGCUCAAAUAUACUAUUCUCAACCUCUGGCACCCACAAUGCCCUCACAGUACCAGACUAUGACAGCCGCUGCUGUGAUGAUGCAGGAUGGUUCAGCCCAGCAUCCCUCAGACAGUGUGAAGCAGCAGAUAAGAACCUCACAGCCAUUAUAAACCAGUCCUUCAAUAAAUGAAACAAUUUUGAAAAAAAUGGGUUUGGUUUCCCUUCAAGUUUUUAUAUGCAGUUCAUGUCCGUCAUGUUUGGUAAACUGUUUGUGGUAUGUAUUUGGAUAGAAAAAUAAGAAACUGUUAUCUUCUUGUACUCUUUUCUUGUAUGUCAUAAUUUAUAUAGGAAACGAAAUUGGUCCAGGGUUAUACUGUAAAAGGUCAAGUCUGAAACAUUGUAUUGUGAAGUUCAAAUAUCAAUUCCCAAAAUGAUUGUCAUAUAAAUUAGCUGGUAUUGUUUCUUGCUCUGGUCUAGUGAUUCAUGUUUAUGACAAACUAUUUAUUCCUGUUGACAAGGGCAAUGGAUGUGGCCAUUUCAAGUUUUGGA